GGACACGCUGAGCGAGGCCGGGCGCGGAGCAGCGGGAGCUCAGCCGGAUAUGCCUCGCGGCCUGCGGAGCCAGCUCCGGCUCAGGGUCCUGCUGCUGCUGCUGCUGCUGCCGCCGCCGCCGCCGCCGGCAGGCGCACUGGAGCUUCACGACCCGGCUGGGCCCGGAGAGGAGGCCGAGGAGCCCGGCUCAGGACAAGCCUGGCCGUCCCUCCCCUUCCGGGACCUGCGCAAGUGGGUGAGGGCGGCCGGCGCCCUCUCCAGGCGGUACUGGGCGCUCUUCAGCUGCCGCGUGUGGCCCAAGACCUGCUCGCUGGACAAGGAGGCCCCCGCGGGGGCCCUGGGUUGGAGCCUUCCCCUGUUGGGCCAGCAGUACCUGGAUAUCCUGACCACGUGGUACUGCAGCUUCCGGGAUUGCUGUGACCAUGGGGACUGCAGGGUCUCCAACAACUUCACAGGCCUUCAGUCGGACCUGAGUGUGCGACUGCACGGCCAGCAUCUGGCCCAGGAGCUGGUCCUGACAACAGUGAAGAGCUACUUGGAGCUGCCCCGGCCAGACAAGGCCCUGGCUCUGUCGUUCCACGGCUGGUCUGGCACAGGCAAGAACUUCGUGGCACGGCUGCUGGCGGAGAACCUGUACCGGGACGGGCUGAGGAGUGACUGUGUCAAGGUUUUCAUCACCAUGAUCCACUUCCCUCACCCCCAGUAUGUGGACCUGUACAAGGAGCAGCUGACAGAACAGGUGAGGAAGACACAGGAGCACUGCCACCAGACCCUGUUCAUUUUUGAUGAGGCUGAGAAGCUGCACCCAGGACUGCUGGAGGCCCUCGGGCCACAUCUGGAACGCCAGGUCCUGGAGAACCACAGGGCUGAGUCCUCGAGAACCAUCUUUCUUUUUCUCAGUAACCUUGGAGGCAAUGUCAUCAAUGAGGUGGUCCUGGGUCUGCUGAAGGCUGGAUGGUCCCGGGAGGAUAUCACGAUGGAACACUUGGAGUCCGGCCUCCAGGCUGAGAUUGUGGCGUCCACAGACAGUGGCUUUGGCCACAGCCGCCUUGUGAAGGAAAACCUGAUUGACUUCUUUGUCCCCUUCCUGCCGCUGGAGUACCACCACGUGAGGCUGUGUGCACGUGAUGCUUUCCUGAGCCAGGAGCUCCUGUAUACAGAAGAGGCACUGGAUGAAAUUGCCAAGAUGAUGGUGUAUGUCCCCAAAGAGGAACAAAUCUUUUCUUCUCAGGGAUGCAAAUCUGUUUCCCAGAGAAUUAACUAUUUCCUGCCUUGAGAGCAAGAUGAAAACUUGAAACUGCCUAACAGGACCCUGGCUGGGCCAGUAGACGCCCAGCGCUCUGUAUGUGGUUAUAAAAGGAAGGCCUUAAAUCAGAAGCCAGAGCCACAUUCCGAAAUGUGGGCCAGGUGGCUAGAGAGCGCCAAGUGGGAGAGAAACUCAUCCCAGGGGCUUCUUAGCAUCUCUGCUCUUGCCUGCAGCUGCUUGGACUUGGGUGUGAGGCCUGAGGCUGCAGGAUUCUCAAUGACAGGAAGGGAAAAGGAGUUGUCUUACCUGUGGCGGGUGGGGCCGCCUUUCCGGCCGUUACUCUCAGAGGGAAGCUGAGCAGCUUAUAUCUGUGAGCACAGCAUAGGAGAGCCUUGGGCUGGGGAAAAAAAGGUACAGAAUAAUUUUUAAAAAAAUCAUGUCAGUGUAGGCUGAGAUUUGUUCUGCAGGUUAAAAAAAAUAUUUUUAAAGUUAGGGGCCUUGACAUCACUGUGCCAUAUGUAAAUAUUAAAAUUUUCUAUUUUGCUAAAA